AUGCCGGAAAAGCCCCCUCCAACGUUAGAAAGAUACGACGGCUCAGUAGACCCCGACAAUCAUCUCCGCAACUUCAUAGAUGCCAUGGCGUUCUACACGGAUAAUGAUCCCGUCAUUUGCCGAGCUUUUUCGUUGUCCCUGAAAGAUGAGGCACUAGAGUGGUAUCACACACUUCCUCAAAAUUCAGUGGAUUGCUUCGCUACCGUAGAAGCUCUCUUUCGAAAACAGUAUGCUACCAACAGAAGACCGAAGAUGACUCAUGUUGAGCUCGUAAACACCAAACAUGAGAAAGAUGAAACCCUGAAGGCUUUCAUGCAGAGAUACAACGAGACGGCCAGACGUGUAAAAGACGUGAACCACACGUUUAUAAUCAACAAUCUACCCUCGUGUUUAAGGCCGGGAUAUUUCGCGGAACAGUUGUACGCCGAUCCUCCAAAGUCUAUGGAAGAACUCCAGGCAACGAUCGCGAAAUUCAUUCGCAUUGAGGACCUCAGAAACUCCAGGAAAAAACAACAGCAUGAAAGUCCUAACAGUGGUACCAAGAAAGACAUGAAGCGGUCGUCCAACGACUAUAAAACCGAUCGACCUCCUCGAAAAGAGUCGGGGUGGACUCCCAAAUACGAUCGUUAUACAUCCCUCAACGCACCUAGGGCAAAGGUGCUCGAAGAGGCGUUGCACGCAGAACUCUUCACCGUUCGGCGGAAGGCCACGCCAAAGAAUGCUGAUGGCAGUAAAGCGUGUCGCCUCCAUUUGAACCAUGGUCAUGAUACCGAGGAGUGUAACAUAGUGAAAGAUGAGCUAGAAAGACUCAUCCGCGCGGGGUAUCUCCAAAAAUAUAUAAAGGAGAGAACAUCCACCAGAGCAGCGACGCCCAGUAGGAAGGAAACCUCCCGGCGAAGUCCCGAACGAUCACCCCCCAAGGACGACCGACGAAGACGACGAUCCCGGAGCCAACCCCGACACUCAGAGAGAGAGAGGUCGGUCUGA